AUGACUGCAAUUGACCUGCGCAGCGACACUGUAACAAAGCCGACCGACGAGAUGCGGAGCGCCAUGGCCACGGCCGAGGUGGGCGACGACGUAUUCGGAGAGGACCCGUCGAUCAACGAGCUGCAGGAACGCUCGGCGGCCCUGCUGGGGAAGGAGGCCGGUCUGCUGACGUCGAGCGGCACGAUGAGCAAUCUCAUAGCCACGCUGGCGUGGAGCAACCACGGGGACGAGAUAAUUAUGGGCACGGAGGCCCACAUGUUCUGGAACGAGAGCGCCGGACAGGCCGCGCUGGGCGGGGUGCAGACCCGGCUGGUGCCCAACGACAGCCAGGGCCGGAUCAACCCAGACGACGUUGCUGCGGCCAUCCGUCCGUCGGGCAACCUGCACUUUCCUCGCACCAGCAUGAUCUGCCUGGAGAACACUCAUAACCGCUGCAGCGGCGGUGUGCUGACACCGGAGGACACCAAGUCGGUGGGCGACGUGGCCCAUGCGGCCGGUGUUCCGGUCCACUUGGACGGCGCCCGUAUAUUCAACGCCUCAGUGGCCCUCGAGGUACCUCCGGCAGAGCUGGCGCGGGACGUAGACGACCUCAGCUUCUGCCUCUCCAAGUCGCUCAGUUGCCCCGUAGGUUCCGUUUUGGUGGGGUCCCAGGACUUCAUCGACAACGCCAAGCGAUGGCGCAAGAUGCUGGGCGGCGGCAUGCGGCAGGCAGGGGUUCUGGCGGCCGCCGGACUCGUAGCCCUUGACACCAUGAUCGACCGGCUGGCAGAGGACCACCAACACGCAAAGAGGCUGGCCGCCGGGCUCGCCAACAUCGACGGGCUUACAGUUGAUCCCGAGAGCAUCCAGACCAACAUCGUAUUCUUCGAGGUUGAUGAGGACCUGGGAACUGCCGCCGAUCUGAUUGCCGCCCUCAACCGCAACGGUGUGCUGGUUUCGUAUCCCGGCAAGCAGUCCAUUCGCAUGGUUACCCAUCGGCACAUCAGCCCAGAGGACAUCGAAGAAGCGCUGUCGCGCACGUCGGCUGCGGUGCGGGAACUGCGGUCAGCCGCGUAG